AUGUUUAUUCAAGUAACAAAAGCAUAUGAAACAUUAACUGAUCCAUCUAAACUAAAAGCAUGGAAAGAGACAGGAAGAGAAGCAGAUGAUAAAAUAGAAACAAAAGGAAUAGGACUUCCAAUCUUUCUUACUUUAGAGAAGAAUAGAAAACUUAUAUUAGGGUUUUAUAUAGUUAUCAUAGUAAUUGUUUUUCCUGUAAGUGUAUGGUUAAUGGUUAAAAAAUGCAAUAAGAAAGAUAAUAAUAAUUUAACAAUUGAAACUAAUGCUAUAUUUAUGCAAUUAAUCAAUUCUAAUUUGAAUUUCCCUUCAAUGAUUGAAGUUGUAUCAUUGGCAAAUGAAGUAAGAGAAGUUGUUGUUAUUCGUCCAAAUGAUAAAAACUUUUUACCAGUUAUUCAAAAGAAAAUAAAAGAAGAAUUUAUAAAGAAACCAACUUAUAAUGUUCCUGAAGCUGUUAAAGCACAAAUAUUAAUUGGAGCACAUUUGUCUAGAUUACAUGAAGAGCUUCCAAGUUAUCUUAGAGAUGACUUAGAUUCUAUACUUGAAGUUAUUCCAACUGUACUUCAUGGAAUGGUAUCUGUAAUGAUGGGAAAGAAAAAUCUAAAUGGAAUUUGGCAAUGUAUUAGAUUAAAUGCUAUGAUUACUCAAGCAUGUGGAGAGAAUGAUGAUUUCUUACAGUUACCAGACUUUAAUGAAAGUGGAAAAGUCUUUGGAAAGAAUAUGACAUUUGAACGUAUCACAAAGAUGACUCCAGAAGAGCGAAUGAAUUUAAUUAAUGAAAAGAUUGAUUGUAUUGAGGUAGAAAAACAACAUAAGGUUAUUGAACCAAAAAAACAACGAAGUGAAGUUAAGAAAAGAAAUAUAGAAAGUAUGAAAGAAAAAGUUAAAAGAGCAUUAGAUGAAAAAGCCAUUAAAGAAGGAAAAAAACCAAAAUUUAAUACUAAAGAUACUGACGAACAUAAAACAAAAGAGAUAAAAGAAAGUACUGAGAAACAUGAAAAUAGUAUUGAAGAAAAUAUUAAGCCUAAUGAUAAUCAAUUAGUUAAUGAAAGAAGAAAACAAAUUAUUAACUUCUUUAAUUAUUAUCCUACUAAUAUCACAUUUAUUGUUAGAGCAAUGAGCAUUACUGGAACAAGAAAAGUAAUUGCAGGAGUGCCUAUUCUUGUUACUAUUAAUGGAUAUCGUUAUCCUAGAAACGAAAAUGGUGAAAUUGUCCCACAAUGGAAGAGUAAAUUAGAUGAUAUUCUUAAUAGAGAAAAAGAAGAAUUACCAGAUGAACCAGAUGAUGCUGAAGAACUUCUUAAAAGUACUAAAGAAGAUUUUGAUAAAGAAGAAGAUGAAAUUGAUCCAGAAAUUCCAGACGUGGAAAUUGUUCAUGAACCACCAAAAGAUGUUUAUGUUCAUAAUCCAUAUUGUCCUAAUACCAGAUUAGAGCGUUGGUGGUUUAUUAUUACUGAUGUAAGAAAUCAAUUUGUUCUUAAUGCUACACAUGGGUAUAUUCCUAUUUCUGAAUUGCCAUUUAUCACAAAAAUUUAUCUUCCUUCUCCUAAAGAAGAAGGGUCAUAUAAGAAGAAAUGA